UAGACACAGGUGCGGCAGUGUCGAUCAUUUCAGAAAAACUAUACAAUGCUAAAUUUAGCCAGUUACGCCUCCGUACCACCAACCUACUGUUGAGAUCGUAUACAGGGCAGGUUAUGACACCCUUGGGGGUAAUAAAAGUAGACGUGCGUCUCAACAAACAACGGGCACGUCUCCCCCUGUAUGUGGUUAAGGGUGACGCUCUCUCUCUUUUUGGACGAGAAUGGUUGCGAAAAGUAAAGUUAGAUUGGACAAUGAUUAAAACUAUUCGAGCUACACAUCCCAUACAGGAAGACCGCACAAUGGCGACAGUACUAGACAGCCAUGCCAGGGUGUUCCAAGAAGGUCUAGGUACACUAAAGGGCUUUGAGGUGGCGUUAACCCUCAAGCCGGUGCAUCAACCGAAGUUCUUCCAAGCACGGGCGGUGCCGUAUGCACUUCGGCCGAAGGUGGAGGAGGAAUUAGAGCGUUUGGAACAGGGGGGCGUACUGUCUCCAGUACAGUUUAGUGAAUGGGCUACUCCAAUUGUACCCAUUGUAAAAAAAAAUGGGAAAGUACGUAUAUGCGGAGAUUUUAAAGUGACCUUGAAUCCCGCGCUUUGUGCUGAACACUACCCCAUUCCGAGGAUAGAAGAUCUUUUCGCAUCGCUAGCAGGGAGGCAGCGUUUCAGCAAAUUAGAUCUGGCGAACGCAUAUUUACAGGUGCCGGUUCAGGAAAGCUCCCGUAAAUAUCUGACCAUUACCACGCAGAAGGGAAUGUUUUGCUAUAACCGUCUUCCCUUCGGGAUCAGCUCUGCGCCGUCAAUCUUUCAGCGAGUCAUAGACCAAGUGUUGCAGGGCCUCCCCAACGUCCAUUGUUUCCUGGACGACAUUUUGGUGACUGGGGAGAACGAUGCAGAUCACCUAAAAAACUUAGAUGCAGUGUUGGGCCGAUUGGUAAAAUUCGGUUUGCGAGUACAGAAGGAGAAAUGUGAAUUCUUCAAGAGUUCAUUAGAAUAUUUGGGGCAUGUCAUUGAUAAAAAAGGGCUACAUAAGUCCCCAGAGAAGCUUAAGGCCAUAGCGGAGGCCCCAGCCCCCAUUAAUGUGAGUCAGCUCCGUUCUUUUUUGGGCCUGAUAAACUAUUAUGGGCGUUUUGUUAAAAACAUGGCAACCAUGCUCAGCCCGUUACAUGAGCUGUUGCACACCGGAGUGGCAUGGAAGUGGUCACCAGAGUGUGAGAAAGCCUUUAAGGCAGCAAAAGACCAUUUGCAAUCAGAAAAGGUGCUAACGCAUUAUGACCCCAGGUUGCCCCUGCGGAUAGCGUGUGACGCGUCGGCGUAUGGGGUGGGCGCGGUACUUUCGCACGUGAUGCCCGGUGGUGAGGAGAGACCCAUAGCCUUUGCCUCUAGGACACUGAGCAAGGCAGAGCAAAAUUAUGCUCAGAUUGAAAGGGAGGCGCUGGGAAUUAUUUUUGGGGUACGUAAAUUCCACGCCUAUUUGUACGGGUGCCAUUUUACACUACUCACAGAUCACAGACCGCUGACAAGUAUAUUGAGUCCCAGUAAGGCGACGCCACCUAUGGCGGCCGCACGACUGCAGCGGUGGGCGUUAGUGUUAGCGGCACACAACUACACAAUCCAAUACAGGAAAGCAGCAGAUCAUGGGAAUGCAGAUGGUCUCUCACAGUUGCCACUGCAGGUAGCGCAUGGGGAAAAGCCAGACGCAGUAGAUAGGGUGACAGUACAUCACCUUGAGACACUCCCAGUGGACAGUGAAGAUAUUAGGAAGGGAACUAAAUAUGACCCAGUGCUCUCUAGGGUAGUAGAUAUGGUAGUGUCAGGCCAGUUUGUUGGAACAGUUGGGCAGAAUGACGCGUUGGCACCCUUCUACAUGCGACGAGACGAACUGACGGUGAUCCAGGGGUGUUUGCUAUGGGGCAGUAGAGUGGUGGUGCCUCCAGCGUUGAGACCGCAGCUUCUGAAGGAACUACAUGCCGGGCACCCGGGCAUGGUCAAGAUGAAGGCCAUUGCACGGAGCCAUGUCUGGUGGCCGGGGUUAGACGCCCAGAUUGAACAGCAGGCCAGGACAUGCUCUACGUGUCAACGGAACCAAAAGAACCCGGCGCUCUCCCCACUGCACACCUGGCCGUGGCCGGGAUCUCCAUGGCAACGGAUCCAUGUGGACUUUGCGGGGCCGUUCGAAGGACACAUGUUCUUGGUGGUGGUAGAUGCGUACUCUAGGUGGCCGGAAGUACAGGUGAUGAAAACGACGACGACGGAGAAGACUGUACAGGCCCUGAGGAGUAUGUUUGCCCGCAACGGAGUACCAGAGACACUGGUUAGUGACAAUGGGCCACAAUUCACAGCGGCAGAGUUCGGGGAAUUUCUAGGGGCAUUUCUCCGGGCAAACGGAGUGAAGCACAAAAGGUCAGCGCCGUUUCACCCCGCCACGAACGGUCAAGCAGAGCGUUUUGUGCAGACGCUGAAGCGUUCAUUGAAAGCGUCUAGGGGAACAUUUACGCUGCAACAUCGAGUGGAGGCAUUUUUACUCAGCUACAGGAAUGCGCCUCACAUGACGACGAGUGAGUCUCCGGCUAUGCUCUUCCUGCGCCGUCGGCUCCACUCUCGCUUGGACCUUGUGAAGCCGAACGUGUCGGCUACGGUGGAGCUGGCGCAGGAGGGCCAACGAGAAUGCAGAGAUCUGGUGGCUAAGCACAGACGGUUUGCAGUGGGGGAGGCCGUGCUGGUGCGUGAUUAUCGACGGGGGGGAGGAGAAGUGGAUGCCUGGACUGGUGGCAUCACAAGAGGGACCGAGCAACCAGCUGUGCCGAGUGAACUGACAAUUGGGGCCCAGCCGGUUGCUCCCCCCCCUUCUCCGGCAAGAGGGGAUGCUCUGGGAACCGGGACAGUCGCCCCCGAGCCAGGAGGGUCACCCAGACGGACAGCGGAUGUUGGCACGCCAGGCCGGAGGUAUCCACUCCGGGUUACCAGAGCUCCAGACCGCCUUAAUCUCUGA